GACUGAAACAGCAGGCCUGGGCGGGCGGGGGUGCCGCGCAGGGCGGAGCGCUGGGCUGGGGAUGAGCUAAGCAGGCUCCGCGCCGCGGCAUUCAGCCCCUCGUGUCCCGCCGCCGCUCGUGAGGGGACCGCUCUCCCAGUUCGACCGGCUGCUCGCUCUGGAGCCAGCAGCGGUGAGUACAGUAUUUCUCAAACUCUGAGGCUUGCAGAAUUCACAAGGUGAGAUCUGGCAUCAUUUUCAGAGAAAGACUUUCAGUAAUGUGGUUAGCCUAAGUAACAAAUGCUUAACUACUCUGACCUAAUGGAACUAUAUGAAAAAUAAAAAAGAACCUGAAUUGAUUGGACAGAGCUUGAAAGGGAGAGAAACAAGUCUCUAUUAGUUGCUGAAUGGAUGUAACCUUCUGGAAUGGAAGAUGAUUGAAGAUAAAGGGCCUCGUGUUGCUGACUACUUUGUUGUAGCAGGAUUAACUGAUGUUUCAAAACCUCUUGAAGAAGAAAUUCAUUUCAAUGAUGCCUGUCAUAAAGUAGCUAAACCAAAAGAACCUAUCACAGAUGUUUCAGUUAUUAUUAAAUCUCUUGGGGAGGAAGUGCCACAGGAUUAUAUGUGUAUUGAUGUUACCCCAUCUGGAUUGUCAGCUGACCUCAAUAAUGGAAGUCUUGUGGGGCCACAGAUUUACCUUUGCUAUAGAAGAGGAAGAGAUAAGCCUCCACUUACAGAUCUGGGGGUUUUAUAUGACUGGAAAGAAAGAUUGAAACAGGGGUGUGAAAUUAUUCAGAGUACUCCCUAUGGACGCCCUGCAAAUAUUAGCGGCAGUACCUCAUCACAAAAAAUUUAUAUCACUUACCGAAGAGCCUCUGAAAACAUGACUCAGAAUACACUGGCUGUCACAGACAUAUGUAUUAUUAUACCCAGUAAAGGAGAAAGUCCACCACACACAUUCUGCAAAGUCGACAAGAAUCUCAAUAACAGUAUGUGGGGAUCAGCAGUAUACUUAUGUUACAAAAAGUCAGUGGCAAAAACUAACACUAUCUCUUACAAAGCUGGUCUGAUUUGUAGAUAUCCUCAAGAAGAUUAUGAGUCAUUCUCACUCCCAGAAUCUGUUCCCCUAUUUUGUUUACCAAUGGGUGCAACUAUUGAAUGUUGGCCAUCGAAUAGCAAAUACCCUCUCCCUGUAUUUUCUACAUUUGUGUUAACUGGAGCCUCAGCUGAAAAGGUCUAUGGUGCUGCUAUUCAGUUUUAUGAACCAUAUCUUGAGGAGAACCUCACAGAAAAACAGAGACUUCUUUUGGGUUUAGCAUCAUCAGCAGAUGGGAAGUCUGAUAGUUCCAAAACAGUUCACACUAAUAAGUGCAUCUGUCUUCUUUCUCACUGGCCUUUUUUUGAUGCAUUCAGGAAGUUUCUGACGUUUUUGUAUCGUUAUUCCAUCUCUGGACCUCAUGUCCUUCCAAUUGAGAAGCAUAUUUCUCAUUUUAUGCAUAAAGUUCCUUUUCCAUCUCCUCAGAGACCACGGAUUUUAGUUCAGUUAUCACCACAUGAUAAUCUGAUCCUCAGUCAGCCUGUUUCUUCACCUCUUCCACUAAGUGGUGGCAAGUUUUCAACACUACUUCAGAAUUUAGGCCCUGAAAAUGCUGUGACACUACUGGUAUUUGCUGUAACAGAACAUAAGAUUCUGAUCCAUUCCUUACGGCCUUCUGUGCUUACUAGUGUGACAGAAGCAUUAGUGUCUAUGAUAUUCCCUUUCCACUGGCCAUGCCCAUAUGUUCCUCUCUGCCCACUGGCCUUGGCCGAUGUCUUGAGUGCACCAUGUCCAUUCAUAGUAGGAAUUGAUUCAAGAUACUUUGAUCUCUAUGACCCUCCACCAGAUGUUAGUUGUGUUGACCUAGAUACCAACACCAUUUCUCAAACCGGUGACAAGAAAAAUGUAGCCUGGAAGAUACUUCCAAAGAAACCAUGUAAAAAUCUGAUGAACACACUGAAUAAUUUGCACCAGCAAUUGGCAAAAUUGCAGCAGAGACCAAGAGAUGAUGGACUAAUGGACUUAGCAAUGAAUGAUUAUGAUUUUAAUGCUGGAAAGAGGUUGCACAUGAUAGAUUUGGAAAUCCAAGAGGCGUUUUUGUGUUUCAUGGCCUCUAUUUUAAAAGGUUAUAGAUCAUACUUAAGACCAAUAACAAAAGCCCCGUCUGAGACAGCUACAGAUGCAAGUUCUCUUUUUGCCCUACAAGCUUUCUUAAGAAGCCGGGACCGAUCACAUCAAAAAUUCUAUAACAUGAUGACCAAAACACAAAUGUUUAUUCGCUUCAUUGAGGAAUGUUCUUUUGUCAGUGAUAAAGAUGCAAGCCUGGCGUUUUUUGAUGAUUGCGUAGAUAAAGUGGAUAUGGACAAAAGUGGUGAAAUGCGACUAAUAGAAUUGGAUGAAUCUUUCAAAAGUGAACAUACUGUUUUUGUAACACCACCUGAGAUCCCCCAUCUACCCAAUGGUGAAGAACCCCCUUUACAGUACAGCUAUAAUGGAUUUCCAGUUCUUAGGAACAAUUUAUUUGAGAGACCUGAAGGAUUUCUACAAACACGAAAGAGCAAACUGCCUUCAAAAUCAAGUAGUCCUAGUAGUCCUUCUCCCAUGUUCAGAAGAACAAAACAGGAAAUUAAAUCAGCCCAUAAAAUUGCCAAGCGGUAUUCUUCCAUUCCUCAGAUGUGGUCUAGGUGUCUACUACGUCACUGUUACGGACUAUGGUUUAUUUGUCUCCCAGCUUAUGUGAAAGUAUGUCAUUCAAAAGUCAGGGCUCUGAAGACAGCAUAUGAUGUGCUUAAAAAAAUGCAGUCAAAGAAGAUGGAUCCACCAGAUGAGGUGUGCUACCGAAUUCUUAUGCAGCUCUGUGGACAAUAUGAUCAACCAGUGCUUGCAGUUCGAGUACUUUUUGAAAUGCAGAAAGCUGGUAUUGACCCCAAUGCCAUUACUUAUGGCUAUUAUAAUAAGGCUGUCUUAGAAAGUACCUGGCCUUCACGAAGUCAUAAUGGCUAUUAUCUUUGGACAAAAUUAAGAAACGUUGUUUUAGGAGUAGCACAGUUCAAAAGAGCUUUAAAGAAAUAUGCACACUUAUCACAAACAACUCUCUCAGCAGAUGGCAGUGACCUGGAUGCUGUUAGUCAUGGCAGCAUGGAUAGUGGUCAUGGGACACACACUGUGGAGCAGGCACCUUUUAAUACGGGUUUAAUCAAAGUAUAUGCUACUGAUGAUAGAUCUAGUACAGGUGGCCAGUCUGAUCUUGGAUAUAAUUCAUUAUCUAAAGAUGAAGUUAGAAGAGGAGAUAUAUCUACUGAGGACAUUCAAGAAGAAAAAGAUAAGAAAGGGAGUGAUUCUAGUUCCUUAUCAGAGAGUGAGAGUGCAAAAGGAAGUGCUGAUUGUCUUCCUAAGCUCAAUUAUCAAAGUUCUUCCAGUAUAGUUCGCCUCAGUGGUACAAAUACCAACAGUGCUGAUAAAAUAUCAGGAGAAAGCACAGAAAGCACACCUGAGGCACUCUUCAUAUCGUCUUUUGAGGAUACGAAUGAAACAGGAAACAUUCAGAAUCGAUGCUUCAGAAAAAGGCAUAAAAAUGGCAGUGAACCUAAUUUGCAGCAGCAAAUGUCCUGGGGAAAUAGAAACCGCAAUCAUAGUGGAGGAGUAGUGAUGGGACUUAUGCUCAGUAGAAUUAACCAGGAAGCAAACCCUGGAGAUAUGGUUGAAAAAUUAGGAGCUGAUGCAAAAAUUCUUUCACAUGUUAUCUCAAAAAGCACAAGACCAAAUAGUCUUGAUGUUGGAAGGCCAUCUUUAAGAUCAAAAAGAGACAGCCUAGAAAAGGAAUCUAGUGAUGAUGAUACAACUUUUGAUGGUUCUAAUUGUUUGACAGAUAAAGUGGAUUCUCCAGUUAUUUUUGACUUAGAAGACUUAGACAAUGAAACCUAUGGGUCAAAAAUGGGAUAUGUUGCCACACAAAAUCCUAAAAGGAUUCAACGUAUGAACAGCAACUUUUCAGUAAAACCUUUUGAAAAAACUGAUGUUGCAACAGGAUUUGAUCCCCUCUCUCUUUUGGUUGCUGAGACUGAGCAGCGGCAAAAAGAGGAGGAGGAAGAAGAUGAAGAUGAUAGCAAGAGUAUUUCAACACCAUCUGCUAGGCGUGAUUUAGCUGAAGAAAUUGUGAUGUAUAUGAAUAACAUGACCAGUCCUUUGGCAAGUCGGACACCAAGCAUUGAUUUACAACGGGCAUGUGAUGAUAAAUUAACGGAUAAGAAAAGUCCAACAUUUGUUAAGGCAUGUAGAAGAUCUAGCCUGCCUCCUAAUUCUCCCAGGCCAAUGAGACUUAUCAAAUCUAAAAGUUACACAAAAAGUGAAGACAGACCAAGGGAUAGACUCUGGUCUUCUCCAGCCUUCUCAUCUACUUGCCCAUUUAGGGAAGAAUCUCAAGAUGCAUUAACCCAUUCAUCACCUUCAUUUCAUUUAGAUACACUACUAGUACCUAAACUAGAUGUUCUAAGGAGCAGUAUGUUCUCUGCUGGAAAAGGAGUCGCAGAGAAAGCAAGCAAAUGGUACUCAAGAUUCACCAUGUACACCGCAUCAGCCAAGGAUCAAAGUUCUGAUCGUACCAGUCUUUCUUCAGUGGGAGCCCAGGAUUCUGAAUCCGCCUCUUUAACAGAUGAAGAUGCCUGCCCAGAGUUGGAAGGAGCCACUUCCUCCCAAGAGUGCAGUGCCACCACAGGGACUAAGGGAAUUGAUUUGAGCAGAACAAGCCUAGAAAGUUCUGCCUCCCUAGAAGGAUCCCUGUCAAAGUUUGCCUUACCUGGGAAAUCAGAGGUGGCGUCUUCCUGCAACACGAGUAAUACAAAUAUCUUCCAGAACUAUGCAAUGGAGGUUCUCAUCUCAAGUUGCUCUCGAUGUAGAACUUGUGAUUGUCUUGUCCAUGAUGAGGAAAUCAUGGCUGGCUGGACAGCAGAUGAUUCAAAUCUCAAUACUACAUGCCCGUUUUGUGGCAAUCUUUUCUUGCCCUUUUUGAAUGUCGAGAUAAGAGAUUUAAGACGACCUGGAAGAUACUUUUUGAAGUCAAGUCCAUCUACAGAAAAUAUGCAUUUUCCACCCUCCUUUUCAAGUCAGACAAGGCAGCCUUGUAUCUCAGCAUCAGCCUCUCGUCUUGACACACCUGCUAUCUCUAGUCAAGGGAAUUUUGAUGUAAAUAGCAAAUCUAAACAGCUGGAAAAUGCAUAUGCCCGAAGUAUUCAGAUCCCUGCUGAUAGAUCAAAAACAGCUAUAUCAAAAUGUCCAAUAUUUCCAAUGGCCAGGAGUGUCAGUACUUCUGGUCCCUUGGAUAAGGAGGACACUGGAGGGCCGAAGCUCAUUCCUACAGGCAGCCUGCCAGCUACUUUACAAGGAGCUACAGAUUCUUUAGGAUUAGAAUGGCACCUCCCAAGUCCAGAUCCUAUCACUGUCCCAUAUCUUAGUCCUUUAGUGGUAUGGAAGGAACUUGAAAGCUUAUUGGAAAAUGAAGGCGAUCACGCAAUUACAGUGGCAGACUUUGUGGAUCAUCAUCCAAUUGUCUUUUGGAACCUGGUUUGGUAUUUUAGACGACUUGACUUACCCAGUAACUUACCUGGAUUGAUUCUUUCUUCUGAACAUUGUAAUAAGUAUUCAAAGAUUCCCCGCCACUGUAUGUCUGAAGAUAGUAAAUAUGUUUUAAUACAAAUGUUAUGGGACAAUAUGAAAUUACAUCAGGAUCCGGGACAGCCCUUGUACAUCCUCUGGAACGCCCACACCCAAAAGUAUCCAAUGGUCCAUUUAUUGCAAAAAGGUGAUAAUUCAUUUACCCAGGAACUAUUGAAAAAUAUGGUAAAAAGCAUUAAAAGGAAUGAUGUCUAUGGACCAAUGAGUCAGAUUUUAGAGACACUGAAUAAAUGUCCUCACUUUAAAAGACAGAGGAGUUUAUAUAGAGAAAUACUAUUUCUCUCACUUGUGGCACUGGGAAGAGAAAACAUCGAUAUAGAUGUAUUUGAUAAAGAAUACAAGAUGGCAUAUGAUCGUCUCACACCUAGUCAAGUCAAGAGUACACACAACUGUGAUAGACCGCCAAGUACUGGGGUGAUGGAAUGUCGAAAAACCUUUGGAGAACCUUAUCUUUAAGAUGUGUGUAUGUGCGUGUGCGUGUAUACUUUCAAUAUGUAUUGUAUAGUCAGUGUAUAAAAUAGCACUUUUAGACUGUAAACUUUUUUUCUUCAAUUUUUCAAAACAAAUUUGUAAAUGGUUCAGAAUGUCCAUAUAGCUUAUGUACAGAAUGUUUUAAGAAGAGAAUAGUGACAAAUGAGGAGAGAGCCACUUUGUUUCUCAUUUCCUUUUUUUCCUUUACUUUCCUUGCAACAAGCAAUUAUUUUUGUGGUGAGGAAAUCCCUAAACAAAAUUAGUUCCCAUAAAGUAAAAAAACCAUUUUAUGGUUUCUCUUAGAAGAGACAGAUUGAAAACUCAUGUAUGGAACUUGAACUAAUGUAGGGUCAAAGCAUCUCCUGUUUUCACAGACUAGUCAAAUGUUUUGACCAGGAAGUUGUAUUAUACAUAUUUUAAAUUGUUUAUAGUAAGUUGAUAUUUUUUUAAUUUUUAAACUAAUAUAGCAAACUUAAAAUGAACGAACUUGAACUUAUGAAGCAAGCAACUAAGUGCUUAUUUUCCUUGUCUGCUAUUUGAAAUCAUUAGUACAGCUGCAGAUCUCUAUAUGUGUAUCUAUCUAUCUAUCUAUUUUUUAUUACUUGGGGGAAUGAUUCCAAAGUGUCAGUGCUAGUGUUCAUGUUGUCCUAGAAUUGCAUGUUAGUACUCCUAAGCCUGACUGCAGUGGGUGAGUCAUGGCAAGGGUGUGCACUGCCCAGACUGACUCAUUGAGUCUCAUAGAAGGAGAGCCCCAGAGGUUCCAAGUCUGCUUCUGCAAAAUCAGGUUCAGCAUACCACAAUUCCAAAAUUUCUCUAUCUCUAAUAGAUACAUACAGUACACAAGGAAAAUAGCUGACAAAGCCAAAUAUCAAUUUAAAUUUUAAUAUUCUACACAAAUAUUUAUGUUGGGAAACAUAUCAGACAGUUUACUCUAUCCCAGAUUUUAACCUUAAUAACCAAAAUAUUGGGUAUGAUGCAAAUUGUACUGUAUUUAUCGGGAAUAAGACCUACUGGAGUAUUUGGUUAAUAUUAUAUAUACAUAUAAAUAUUCAAAAAAAUUUUUCAAAAGUAGAAAAGUAAUAACUCUCUAAAAGUAAAGCCAGAGAGAAUUUCCCAUACUGAGGAGCUUGGCUUUUUCAGUAACCCUUCAGAAUCUGAAGUUUAUGGAAUCUAAAUCCAAAAUACCAGAAAUCGGACAAUAAAUGGAAUGUUUAAGCACCAUG